CAUCUCUCAAGAGAUGAACCAUCUGCUUCAGUGUAGUUGGCUAGUCGCUCCACCAUUUUCAGUAUUCAAAACAAUCCAUCAAUCACCAUGCAAGCUAUUGGCUGUCUUCCAUUUUACCUCAUCUUAUAUCACCACCCUCACACCUUUCCAUCCUCGACAACCAAUCUUCAGGUCCCUGCUUGUUCUUCUCCGGUUUACAGGUAGCAAUUUCUUCAUCUUGCCUCCCUGAGAGAAAAGAAUGAGUCCAAAAAAAUGGUUUAGGACGAUAAUCAGACUGAAGAAAAAGGAAAACAAAUCAAAACAAGAAAAGGUGGAGUCUAGUGCUGAAACGUUAGAAGAGUCAAACAGCACCCCCAUUGAAGCUCCAGUGAUAAAUCGAGCAGUUCCAACAAGGUUGCUUGAAGAUGUUGCUGCUAUUCGCAUUCAAAAUGCAUUUCGUUCAUUCAUGGCAAGGAGAACAAUACACCACCUGAGGGGAACCGAGAAAUUUGAAGCUUUGAUUCAAGAUCACUUGGCCAGAGAGCAAACAGCAACAGCACUAAGCUACAUACAUUCGUGGUGUAGAAUACAGGACCAAAUUAGAGCCCGCAGACUCUGUAUGGUAACAGAAGCUAGGAUGAAGCAAAAAAAGCUAGAAAACCAGUUGAAGCUGGAGGCUAAGCUCCAUGAACUCGAGGUGGAAUGGAACUGCGGGUCUGAAACAAUGGAAGAGAUACUUUCCAGGAUACAUCAGAGGGAAGAAGCAGCGUUGAAACGAGAGCGGGCCAUGGCAUACGCAUUCUCUCAUCAGUGGAGACCCAACUGCAGCCAGUACUUUGGUCAAGCUUCUUUCAGUCUCGGCAAAGAGAGCUGGGGUUGGAGCUGGACGGAGCGAUGGGUGGCAGCACGUCCAUGGGAAAUUCGGAUUCGGGUUCAGCCAUCUAAAGCAAAGAAACUGAAUGGACAGAACCGGAUCAAGUCAGACAAGGUAACAACAACAACAACAACAAACCAGACAGAUGGUAGCAUACCAGCUAUGGAUAAUGGGAAUGAAACUGAGAAGGCCGAGGAAAAUGCUACAGGCCUGUCCAAGAACACUCUGUCCGAGUAGUUUGUUCUGUCUGAGGUAGCAAAAGAUCAAAGGUUGAUGGCUUUCCCAACGAGGGACGGAUCAAAAAGGCUUGACAUGUUGAUCGGGUGUCUUGGAUUUUUCAUUUUGCACUUCUUAUAAUCAAUUUUGGAUUUGUGGCUUGGUGGUGAGAAUCUGAUAUUCAGUGUGUAUAUUACUGUUAGAAAACUUGUUUUGUUUCGCCGGUGUUUUGCUUUAUCACUACAACGUGUUUAGUUUUACA